CUAAGAUCCUAAAACAUUUUUCCCUAAAAUACCCAGUAUGGCAUUUAAGGACACAUUAUUUUCAAAAUUUCAUCGCUUUUUAGUCUUGGAACUCCUACAGAAAUAAUCCAACAGAGGGCGUGGCUUUGUCUCGGCCACUAUAUAAGGAGACAUUGCCGCGUUAUCGGCAGAGCAGUCGGUGAUUCCUUGUGGACAUGAAGACUUUGGCCAUCGCUGUCGCCCUCGUGGCGUUUGUCGUUGUCAGUGUAAGUGGUGAUCCUGAAGCUGAUGCUGAGCCCAGCCGCUAUGGAGGCGGCUUUGGAGGCCAUGGACUCGUGUCUUACAGACCCGCGUACAGAAGUUACAGUUACGGACGCUGGAAGAGGAGUGCUGAGGCUGAGGCUGAGGCUGAGGCCGAGCCUGAGGCUGAUCCUUCCCGCUUCGGAUACGGCUAUGGCAGCUAUGGGCACGUGUCCUUUAGGCCUGUGUACAGCAGCUAUGGUUACGGACGCUGGAAGAGGAGUGCUGAGGCUGAGCCUGUAGCUGAGGCUGAGGCCGAGGCUGAUCCUUCCCGCUUCGGAUACGGCUAUGGCGGCUAUGGGCACGUGUCCCACAGGCCCGUGUACAGCAGCUACGGCUACGGACGCUGGAAGAGGAGUGCUGAGGCUGAGCCUGGAUUCAGCCUCGGUCGCAGCUUCGGAGGUCACGGCCGCUUCGGAGGUUACAGGGGCUAUGGAGGCUACGGUGGAAGCUUUGGGGGCCAUGGUCGUUUCUACGGUUGAAAGAAUUCCUUUUGGUCAAGAUGAAUAAAACUGAGCACUUUUA